GCACGCUCUCCCCGUUGUUUUCAGUCCUCCUUUGGAUAGCUGUGGCGUUUUGUACAGCAAUGCUGUUUUUCAUCUCCAAGCCUGUUGGUAUUCGACCCUUUUUGGUGUCUGUUAUUCUCAGGUCUAUAUAUACUAUAGGGCUUGGUCCUACCUUGAUACUUCUUGGUGCUGCUAAUCUUUGUAACAAAAUAGUGUUUCUGGUGAGUUUUGUUGGGAACCGUGGAACUUUUACACGUGGCUACAGAGCAGUCAUCAUGGACAUGGCUUUUCUAUAUCACGUAGCAUACGUCCUGGUCUGCAUGCUGGGCCUCUGCGUGCAUGAAUUCUUCUAUAGUUUCCUGCUGUUUGAUCUGGUAUACAGAGAAGAGACACUGCUAAAUGUGAUAAAAAGUGUUACCCGGAAUGGUCGUUCCAUUAUUCUCACUGCAGUGCUAGCACUCAUCCUAGUUUAUCUCUUCUCCAUCAUUGGAUUCCUCUUCUUGAAAGACGACUUUAUCAUGGAGGUCGACAGGUUGAAAAUCAGGACCCCUAUUGCAGGUAUUGGUGAAGUCCCCACUACAACUCUCACAUCAAUGAUGGGAGCCUGUGCGAAAGAGAACUGUUCCACAAGCAUCCCAAUUAUUAACCCAGCUGGUGAAGAGGAGGAGGACGGAACAGAAAGGACAUGCGACACCCUGCUCAUGUGCAUUGUGACCGUAUUAAACCAAGGCCUGCGAAAUGGUGGUGGUGUAGGAGACGUGCUCAGAAAACCGUCCAAAGAUGAGCCCUUGUUUGCUGCACGAGUUGUUUAUGAUCUUCUGUUUUACUUCAUUGUCAUAAUUAUUGUUCUAAACCUAAUCUUUGGAGUCAUCAUUGAUACAUUUGCUGAUCUCAGGAGUGAAAAGCAGAAAAAGGAAGAAAUACUAAAGACAACUUGUUUCAUCUGUGGACUGGAAAGAGACAAAUUUGAUAACAAGACCGUUUCGUUUGAGGAGCAUAUAAAGUCAGAACACAACAUGUGGCACUAUUUGUACUUUAUCGUUCUUGUCAAAGUUAAAGAUCCGACUGAAUACACUGGCCCGGAGAGCUACGUGGCACAAAUGAUUGUGGAGAAGAAUUUGGACUGGUUCCCUCGGAUGAGAGCCAUGUCCCUGGUUAGCAAUGAAGGCGACAGUGAGCAAAACGAAAUCAGGAACCUGCAAGAGCGACUGGAGUCAACGAUGAGCCUUGUAAAACAGCUUUCCAGUCAGCUAGCUGAGCUCAAGGAACAGAUGACAGAACAAAGGAAGAAUAAGCAGAGGCUGGGCUUUCUUGGAUCAAACACACCCCAUGUGAAUCAUCACAUGCCACCACCCUGAUACCACGGGGAGAUGCCGUGACUAGCCUUUCAUCAGUAUUCCUGCUUUAUUAUAGAAUAAAAAACUGAGACUGAGAGGAGUGAACAGUGCCUAUUGUUACGAAGUUAAAAACAACCAAGUGCCAAGAUGUUAAGUGGUUUAGCUCUGGGAACAAUUUGUAGCUGUUUUUCGUGGUUGAAAGGCACCACAACCUAGAAUGUGCGAGCGAGACAAGGGAGCUCAUUUGCAUUCGUUUACAGGGCCAGACUUGGCUGCGUUUGCGCUCCUGCAACACGAUGGCUUUGGUGGCAGCUGCCGUGUGUGAGGGGCAGGCGUUUGGCUGCAUCCUUAGAUCUACCUUCAGGCAUCUCUUGAAAGCGCCGGGAUCGCUAAGAUGAGCAGAAGAAGGAGAAAUGUUUAUUGACGCAAACACGACAGC